CCCAUGCUCCAUAUAAAGGAGGGCUCUGGGCUGAGCAGUCACUGCUCUCUGCUCCUCACACCUAGAAGAUGUCUGGUCGCGGUAAAGGAGGGAAAGGGCUCGGGAAAGGCGGCGCCAAGCGGCACAGGAAGGUGCUCCGUGAUAACAUCCAGGGCAUCACCAAGCCUGCCAUCCGCCGCCUAGCUCGCAGGGGAGGCGUCAAGCGCAUCUCCGGCCUCAUCUAUGAGGAGACUCGCGGGGUGCUGAAAGUCUUCCUGGAGAACGUCAUCCGGGACGCCGUCACCUACACCGAGCACGCCAAGAGGAAGACCGUCACCGCCAUGGACGUGGUCUACGCGCUCAAGCGCCAGGGCCGCCGAGCCCCGGGUGUUCUCCACCGCAGACGAGGCCGGGAAGCCAUGGCCAGAACCAAGCAGACAGCCCGUAAGUCCACCGGCGGGAAAGCUCCCCGCAAGCAGCUGGCCACUAAAGCCGCCAGGAAGAGCGCCCCCGCCACUGGCGGAGUCAAGAAGCCUCACCGCUACCGGCCCGGGACCGUCGCUCUCCGGGAAAUCCGGCGCUACCAGAAGUCCACCGAGCUGCUCAUCCGGAAGCUGCCCUUCCAGCGCCUGGUGAGAGAGAUCGCCCAGGACUUCAAGACCGACCUUCGCUUCCAGAGCUCGGCCGUCAUGGCCCUGCAGGAGGCCAGCGAGGCUUACCUGGUCGGGCUCUUCGAGGACACCAACCUCUGCGCCAUCCACGCCAAGCGGGUCACCAUCAUGCCCAAGGAUAUCCAGCUGGCCCGCAGGAUCCGAGGGGAGAGGGCUUAGAUCUGCGCCCCGCACCCAACAAAGGCUCUUCUCAGAGCCGCCACCUCCUCCAGAGACGAGCUCCACUCCGCCCUUCA